ACCAGCCUUUGUUCGUAAAUGAAUAUAAAGUAAGAUGACAGUCGUCUUCGCUAAAAAAACCCAACUUUUCUGGAUUUCGCCGAGCAAAACAUAAACACGUUUUCAGCGAAUUCAAACCAUACUCCACGACUUCUUACGAAUAUGUGAGUAUUUUAACUUUAGGUGGACUUUAAGACUCUUACUUUUGUUUCUGUUUAGUUUCCGUCGAUCGUUCACGAGUAAGUAAGCAAAUUUUCUUUCUCAGAUUUACAGAAAGAAUUUAAUCUUCUGUCAAACUAGACGAUUGUGGCGUGUUUGUAACCAGCCAAUAGAAGCAUUUGUUUUUCUGUGUUGCGCGUUACGAGAAUUUUGCAGUGAAUCAGCCACGUUCAUCAGCUAUGUUAUAAAAGAAUUUGCUCAUGCUUUUAGCUGUGCGUACAUCAAGUUAUGGAUGCACUUGAUCUUGUUAUGAGAAGUGAAAAAAAAACUUUUCUUUCCGUUAAAAGUUCCGUUCUAAUGCGCUUUGUUAACCUCCAAAGAGUAUUUUUAUGUCGAAGUUUCUGGGCUGAUUUUUUUUUUCAAUAAUGAAACACUUUCUUCUGCUGAUAUAAAACUUUAUCUGUAUAAAACGUACCUUUCCCUAUUCAUUAAAAACCUUAUUAGACACUUUCUUUACUCACCGAUGGUCAAAAACGAGGAACGUAAAGAAGGAGUGGGUCAUAAAUAAAGUACUAUGACAAAGUUACAUAUGCCCUUAACUGAGCCCGUAAGUUACUAUACGUAAAACAAAAAUUUACGAGAGUGCUAAGUGCGUACCAUGCAACAACAGUUAGUGCAUCCAUCACGGAUUCGUAAGUGACCUAGUUAAAUGAGCACUUAAGUGAGGUUUUAUGCAACCGGGCCCAGAUCUCUAAGGCUGAUUUGCUAAAGGUAGGGAGGAAUCUGACGUAGGAUUUCGAAUUCAUUUACAUUUUCGUAGUCUGCUACACAGCCGUUUUUAGUGUCGUCACGCAACGCUCCUCCCCACUGCGUGACGACAGUAAAAACGGCUGUGUAGCAGACUACAUUUUUCGUAAAAAGGCUGUUUUAUAUAUACCUAUGCCGAUAUCUCCAAUGUGUUUAUACCUACAGGAAAAUAAAUAAAGAUUUCUUAAAGUUUCACAAUUCUUUAUUAAGGAUACCAAACAUCAUAGAAAUUUAAAAUUUAAAAUUUUAAAUCGGUUCGAUCCAUCCUGCGAAAACGUUAUUCAGUCAAAAACAUAACAAACGCGCAUAUAGUAGGUUCGGGCCACGUUAAGGUCAAGUCGCCGAUUAUUCAGGUUAUGGUUAUCAAGGAGUAAAUCGCAGAGAACUCAAUAGAUUUACUGCAAGUAAUCAUAAAAUUGUGGAUAUGCCAAUGCCCAAUUUAUAGUACGUUCAUUACGUUAGGAUGAAGUAUCAGUAUUUACUCGCAGUACAUUAGUUACGAUGAUGAUUAGUUUUGAUUUUUAAAAAAAGUAAAGCGUCAAAGGACCAAAACUAUCCGUUACAGUUUAAUUUUAGGUUUAUUCAACAGAACAAAGUGAUAGAGGUCAAGAAAUCCCCCUCCCCUGUAGCAAUUUUUAUCUUGGAAGUAUUAAAUAAUAAUGAUAAUAAUAAUAAUAAUAAUAACUUUAUUAACUCCUCAAAAAGGCUUUUCAGCGUAAUUUACAAUGUCAAAUAUCUAAAACUUAGUUUUCCAAAAAUACCCUUAAAAAAUGCUGUUUUAUUUUUACUUUAAAUACACCUAAACUAGUGAUAGACUGAAACUCGUCAUUCCACAGCUUUUAGCCUCUGAAGGUAAACGCGCGCUGACCUGCAGCCGUCCUACAGAGUUGUAUAUGUAGUCGGUCCCUAUUCCUAGUGUUGCAGUUGUGCACUUCCGGUCUGGUUUUAAACUUCUGACAAAGAAUGGAUGAGUGGGGCAAAAAGGAAUAAAUGAAUGAAUGAGUGAAUGAAUGGUACGAGGUUUCUUUAAUCGUAGGUUAAUGUACACCAGGUCGUGAUUGUUGAUAGAGCUAUAUACAGCACUUUUGCCUCCUGAACUUGUUUUGCAUCUGACACCGAACUAAUGGACUCUAUUACUCGACUUGGGGUCGUAACAAGCUGUAAUAAAUUGAAAGAAUGGUAGAAGCUAACGAGGUCUUUCAGGCUAGACCAUCGCUUUGCAAGAUAUUAGAGUUAACGUCUCCAAGUAUGUAGAUAGGAAGGUUAAGCUGUGAAAUAGUUAAAACUAUCAGCCAAGAACGAGUCAAAACAUGAUAGAUGUGUAUCAGCCACUGCGUUUGACUGACAUUUUGAGGAUGCAUUAUCAUCUCGACAACAAUUCCUCCAAAAUAAUUAUACUACCAUUGAGAAAUUUGCCUGUCAUUUUUUUUUUCAACUCGACAACAUUUUGCGGGUAUUUCGCCUCUGAACCAAUGAGUUUGCCAAAAAUUGUGCACGAGGGUUUUUCCGCGCAUGUAUCGAAUUGAACGUUUUUCGCCUGUGGUGGGCGCCAUAAAGUCACGUUCUACCAUCUGAAAGCAACUAGCUUCUGACACCUUUUUCACACGACGUUGCGUCCGCCAUGUCGGUGUCGUAAAACUAAUAUUCUGAAAUUUGAACUCUUCAUACGUAAACGCUUUCUUUUCUGUCAGUAAAUAUGCUUAACUGCAGGCCACGCGAGUAAAAACGUUCUAUUUAUUACCCCUUACAGAUUGUGGGUUCGCCGCGUUCUGAGCGGAGAAGGUCUUUCAGCGCUCGCUACAGUGUAGCUGAUUCUGGUUCAGGAUCAAUGUCAGAG